CUCAACCAGUCCUUCUUGCAACGGAAUAUUUGCGUCUUGCACUGACCUCCGCAGUGGCAGCCAGUUAUCGUCUGCUCUUUCCAUGCUUUGCGACUCUAGUCUAUAGAAUGGACUUUGGCGAUGCAGUUCCGCUCUCUACCUCUUUUCCUCUCCCAUUUCGCGUGCUGUUUCUGAUCGGCUUGGGCAUACUAGGAUGGGCGACUAACCUCCAUGGACUACACCUACUCGGGAUUGAUGCAGGGUCAGCACUAGAUUUGCACUCUGGUCGUAUCUUUUUGCCUACGACCUCCUCGUCUCCACGACCAUCUUCGUCUCCACGAGUGGCUUACAUGCCCAUAUACCGUCUAUUCGCGGGAUAUACAGCUUGGUGUUUUGCUGGAUGGUCUUUCUUCAGACUCGCUACUCACUCGAACGCUAUGUUGGUGGAUGCCUUCAAAUUCAUCCCUGCAUUGAGCUCCCUGGGUGUGCUCACAACUCUCAUAUGUCCAUUUGAGUUGUGUCAAAAGCGCGAGAGAGAUCUGUUCCUCCAGAGCGCUGCAAGGUGUCUAUUCUCUUCAAUGGAUAGCCCAGUGUAUUUUUCAGAUGUAGUCUUCGCGGACGUGUUCACGUCAUUUGCAAAAGUCUUUGGCGACGUUUGGCUUUCUCUGUGCAUGUUACUUCCACACGGAAGUCUUUUGUCUCCCCCACCCCUUGAUGGCCUCUCUCAAUGGGUACUUCCAGCGCUGAUGAGUCUACCGUAUAUUGUUCGAUUCCGCCAGUGCCUAAUCGAGCUCCGGUCUCCUACCAACACCAGUAAGCGACCCCUCUUCAAUGCACUAAAAUACGCAUCCUCGUUCCCGGUGAUAUUCCUUUCUGCCGCCCAAAGAAUUGUGGUACUAGACCUCGCAGAAGAGAAGGGCGAAUUGAUCGCACGGGAGCCAUGGCACGGGGAACAUCCGCUAUUUCGCCUAUGGCUUUUAGCCGCGGCUGUGAACUCGCUGUAUUCCUUCUGGUGGGAUCUAACCAAUGAUUGGGGUCUUGACCUUCUGAAACCACGUUCUGCGGAGUCGCGAAGCAACCCCCCGCGACCCCUUGUGCUUCCGUCUCUCCACUUAAAGGCCUCUUCCAUUGCUGGGUCUUCCGAGACACAUGGCGUCACACAGUCUCACCCCUCUUCCGGCCACCAAGUUCAUGGUGGCGCAAUAUACCGUCACCAGUCAUACCCUUAUGGACUUCGACCAGUGCUACUCUACCCACUUCUGGUAUACCCCCUGGUUAUAUUUUUCAACCUCGUGCUCCGCAUGACAUGGUCGAUUAAACUAUCAAGUCAUCUAUAUUCGCAGUCGGAAGGAAGUGCUCUUAUGCUCUGGCUUGAGGUUGCGGAAAUCUUGCGACGAUGGAUGUGGGUCUUCGUUCGGGUAGAAUGGGAGGUUGUGAAGAAUGCACAACACAAAUCUCAGAUUGCGUCAAACGGAACUGUGCCAGAGGAGGUUGAGUUGAUGCCAUCAAACCGUUCUGAUCCUAUGGGUAAUGAUUAGAUGCGCGCAUCAGAACGCUCAGGAUAGUGAUUUGUAUUGUAGUAAGUAAUCGGGUUCACUGGUCAGGGUUCAUAACACUAUACUAACGGAACAGCUCAUAGUAUAGCAUCUUGGAGCAAUUAUUAAUACAUUAGGCACCGAUAUGAUAUGAAGUUCCCGUGCUGGGGUGGUCUUUC